AUGUUCUGUGCUAUUCUGGUUAACAUUUUUGCACUUGACGAAAAACUAGCGCGCAAACCGCGAGAAGAAGAUCGCGUAUCUACUGAAGGCACUGAAGUUGGUGGAAAACAAUCGCAGUUGUACCGUGAUCGAAGAACUGUGAAAAAUAACGCGACCUCCAACCUGUUGGACUUUGCAAACCGGCUGAAAGAUCUUGAAGAAAGGUAUGAUCUUAACUCGGCGAUUCGCUAUCUCAUUUUGAGUGCCACGUUUUCUAUCACCUGGGCAAUGUUCAAUGUCGGUUACGUGCCACUAUUGUAAACUCAAACUACUAAGAAAAUGGUGGAUUGACUGACAUAAUUUCCCUUUUUCUUACUAAGGCACAACAAGAGCGUACGUAUGAUGAUCAGACAAUUUCAAGAGUUGGAGAAAAGGUUUGAGAAAUCAAAAUUUAAUGCAUCAUUCCUAUUUGCUAUUUAUAAAAACUAACAAUUAACUACUUCUGAAUUUGUUACUACCUAUUAAGUGUUGCAUAGCAAACCCGUUUGACUUCUUGUCUGGCGAAGUAAUGUUACUUUGGUAUGGCAACAAGACAGAUCAACUAUUUCAAAAAAAAUAAGGGCGACUCUUGGGGUAGAGAACUCGGGGGAAGUGCCGAGAAAGUCCCUGUUAUCCAGGCCGGUCACGUAUUUUGGACGGCACUGGUUGAUGUGCAGUGGAAGACUUGUGUGGGAAAGUUUCAUCCAAAAUCCGCUUAACAUCGUUCAGUGUGGUGACCAGAGUAUGGUUGAUUAUCUUUUAUCUUUUAGAUCUAAACUGACUUGAUGACAGACUUAAUUCACAUCAUCGACGCAAUUAUUUCCUAGAGCAAAAUAAGCGUAAUAAACAGCUGUAAACAGCAAUGAAAGAAAACAUCACUUAACACAGGGGCGCCCCAACGGCUGUUUAAACUUUAAGAUAUCAGCUGUUCGAAGAAGCAAAUAUUGCCUCAAAUUUUCAAUUUGAUGAGGACGGCCUAAAAUUUCUAGAUAACCAUUCCACUAACGAACAAUUUUUGAAGUUUAUCUAAUAAAUUCCCUACGAUUUUCUAAAGUUUAACUUUUCACAUUUCACUCCUCAGGUUAGGCUAUUUUUCGUAAAAAGGAAACCUAAAAUUUUGGAUUCAAAAAUGUGAUGGAGAGCCUGAGAGGAAUCAGAAAAAUUCUCAGUUUCGUACUAAUACGUUUAAUUGCAUCUACCGAUUUUCAGGAAAAUAAUACUGAGGCUCUUGUAUUUUCGGAAACUCUUAAGUUGCCUAGGAUGACCGAACAGAUACAUAUUUUAUCGCCGCUUAAAACGCAUGUACUCAGGAUAGGCUAAAAAGUGUUUUCAAUGCAUUUAGGAGGAAGCCGUCGUUGGGUGCCCCUGUUUCAAAUGUGCCCCAAAUUUCUUAAAAAGUUAAAAUCAAUCCGAAUUUAUCCUGAAUUGGUAGCUGAACUUGGGCUUUAAGGCUAUUUUCGUACUAAAUACCGGGAAACUUGUCGUGUCGACACGAAAAGCUGUUUAGUUCACACGCAUCGAAUCGGUUGUACGAGGGGGUUUGGUGAACAAAAUCCCAGUUCCCUGUCUCAAUAGAUUCCAGUCCUCGCUCCUACUUUUUCACCUUCGCACAGAGUGUGGCACACGACCUUUUCGAUAUGCUAACAGAUCGGUACAGCGUAGCCUCGUUCCGUUGUAGAAACAGGCCCUUUGCAGCUAGCCAUUCACGUGGUACAAAACCGCCAUGCUGGAGAGCAAAAGUCGCACUGAGACAAGACAAAUAAACUGGGGCAUACAUAAUUUUGGUAAAUGGUAAUUUCCUUUGUUUGUCUUGUUCCAGUUCUCCAGCAUGGCGGUUUUGUACCACGUGAAUGGCUAGCUGCAAAGGGCCUAUUGCGCCGAAAGCACUGUUCUUAUAUGUGAACAGAAGCCCUAUCCAGUAUGGCUUUCGUGCCGGCACAAGAUCGGUAUCCGGUAGAGUGUGAACAUGGCUUAAGUCAGGGCGAAAGUCCUUGUUUAAAACACUGUCUCUGAGAUUUUUUUAUGGUUGAUCUUUUUUUCAGACUUGAUGGCUUACUGCGAUUAUCGCCUCGACCAGCAGGGGAAUCCUACGUGUCACUUUUGAGCUACCUUCUUGGUAAAAUAUGAUUUUCAAUCCAAUCCAAAAUUUCGUGAAGGCAACUAGCGGAUUUUAUCUGCAUAGGCAAAAUGAUAUCAGGUUGUUAGUCCGAAAACAUCAGUCUUAGAUAUUAAGAGAUUUUUGAGCAUUAAAUUUGAUUGUUAUAGAAUAUGUAAUCUAAUAUGUGGCUAAAAAUCGGUAUUUAGGUUAAUCCAUUUGGCUGGUAAGUAUGCUGUGAUUUAUGGGUGAUAUCACCGGUUUGUAUCUAUUUCAGGUCAGCAUAUGCAAAACCCUGGAAAGGGACGAGUUGGACCACCCGGCCCUCCAGGGAAACAAGGGCCAGCUGGACCAAAAGGAUCAAAAGGUAUACUCGGAAGUAGUCUCCUUCGCAGCCGUUAUUAGGGUCGUCACUCGUCACGCAACGCUCCUCCCCACUGGAGCGUUGCGUGACGAGUGACGACCCUAAUAACGGCUGCGAAGGAGACUAACUCGGAAGGGAAAACAACAAAGACCGAUAUGAAGGGAAAAACGAAAAUUGUAAAACGCCAACUGUGAACGCAGGGAGGGAGAGGGAGAAAAUGAAGCUCGUUUUGUAAUUUCAGUUUGUAUGUUCCAGUAAUGUGGACUGUAAGAGCCCCAGAGGAAAAAAACACUUAAAUAAGUGAAAAUGUUGGGAUCGAGCGCUUAGAGCCAUUUUAUACUUUGCAGGGGAACAAGGAAAACCAGGAACCAACAAGCCAUCCCCAGGCCCUCCUGGUCCUAAAGGAGACCAGGGAGCAGUUGGGAAGACUGGAGCCCAGGGACUACAAGGUGAAAAAAGAGAAAAGGGACAGGAUGGAGUUGGGACAUCAGGAGUGAAGUACGUUCGCUGGGGAAGGACCACAUGUCCUAGUGGUGCGCAGAUAGUUUAUAAAGGUAAGCGAAGGUAUCUUACAUAAUAGUUACUAUUGCUGCCAUGAUUCUAAAGACAAAAAGAGUGAUAAACUGAAGAUUUUUAUGCCAAGUGUUAAUCAUUAUUUUAAAGUGACAACUAUGAAACUUCUCGAAGCUUGUUACAUUUACAGGUCAAUAACGCGGGAUCUCUUUUUUUGAUAAGUUAUCUUUUUGUUCUAUCUUUCCAGCAUAUUAUAUGACUUUUGAAAUUGUAGGCGCUUGUUAGUUAGUAUUUUAAUAGCUUAGUCUCCACCAUUGUAAUUUUUGAUAUGUUUUUAAUUUUAUCAAAUGAAUAAAUACAUUAUUAUUAUUAUUAUUAUUAUUAUUACCAUAUUAUUAUUAUUAUCAUUAUUGUUAUUAUUAUUAUUAUAAUAUGGGAUGUACAUAGAAAUUUUCCUUUUUUAGUUUAUAGACAGUUGUUUACAUUUGCUCUGUUGAAAACCACCGGACCACCAAGAAGUCUUUUUUAACUAUAGUUAUACUAAAUUUGUAUUUAAUUUUCAAUUUGAGAAGAGUUUAAUAAAGUAUGUUAUUAUUAUUAUUAUUAUUAUUAUUAUUAUUAUUAUUAUUAUUAUUAUUAUUAACAAUUCAGUGACUGACUCGUGCGUAAGACAGACGAAAUCUGGUUAUGAGAUAAUGCCCCUUGUUUUACCCAAAAUUGCAGGCUGUCAUUGGUUACGUCGAGGUCACAUGAAACUGUAACCAGCAGAAAGUUAAUUUUGGGGCAGGCAAUAUUGCAAAAUUCUGUCAUCGAUCAGACCCUGAACAGCGGAAUUGUCACCCACGAAUCAUAAAUAAUUACCUCUUGCUGAGAUUUAGUUCCAUAAAUUUAGUCCUUUCUAUGUUUGAGUGAUCAAUAGAAAUACAUGAAAACGGCAAAAAAGAAAGAAUAUUAUAAUUCUAGAGUACUGUAUUACAGCCCUUUGUGGUCCUUUGUAGUCUUGGCCUUUUAAACAAUCUGAUUAGUUCUGAUUAGUUCGCUAUCUCAGACUAUCUAGCAAUAUUCACCUCUAGGCUAUAGCGAUAUUGCGUGAGCUAUGUGUUUCGCCACUUUAUAGAGUAAGAACUUGUCAACAAAAUCCUAGGAUUGAUGUUUUUGAAGGUAAGAAAAGAUGGCGAUAUCAAACUUUUUUAACAGCUUUUUCAGAUUUCAAACUAAGCAGAAUUGUUCUCCUUUGCAAAAACAGUUUACUCGAGUAGAAGAGGCCACUUUGUGACCUCAGCAUUUCCUAAUAAGAGGAAGUUUGCCUAAACAUUAAAGUUUAUUUAUGACAAAAGAGAAUGAAAGCAAAGGUUCGCGAAAAUUCCUCAUUCCAGGAAUACUACAGAGAAAAGACGGCCCACCUCCCUCAACCGAGCCGCCAUUUCAUACACUUGCGAAGAACAAAACAAGAAACCUUUUCAUUAACUUGGCGAAUUGACUGACAGAAGGAAUCAAAACACUCACAAGUCGAUUUCAAAAAUAAUUGUUGAUAAUUUUUUUUCCUUCUAUCAGGUAUAAUGGGUGGAGAAUACUACAAUCACCCUGGUGGUGGAGGGAACUACCUUUGCCUUCCACACAAUCCAAAGUAUGACCAGUACGAAGAUGGCCAUCAAAACGCCGGAUACAUGUACGGCACUGAAUAUCAAGUAAGUGAUCGCAACGGAAACCCUUUUAAGAAAAAUCUCCAUGAUCAUGAAGCACCAUGCGUUGUCUGCUUCGUCAAGUCACGUGGCUCGAUGCUGAUGAUGCCUGGCAGAAAUGACUGUCCAUCUGGAUGGACCGAAGAGUAUCAUGGGUACCUGAUGACAGAACAUUAUAACCAUAAGCAUUCACGUGACUUCAUCUGUGUUGACGAGGAUCCAGAGUAUGUUUCUGGAAGCCAUGCAAACCAGAAUGGUGCUUUGCUGUACCCUGUGGAAGGUGUUUGCGGCUCACUUCCGUGUCUUCCUUAUGUCAAUGGGCGAGAGUUGACAUGCGCUGUGUGCACCAAGUGACGGGACGAUACCUUCCACUGCGGGCAUGGCUACCAUGUCGAUGACCUAUGAAAACCAAAAAAUAAUAGUUAAAUCAGUAUAUACUUUUAACCAGUCUUAAACACACUGCGUUACAUAUAUUAUCUGGUCUACUAGCACUAAAGCGCCAGAAAGGUUCGCGAUAAAUUAAUACGCGGAUGUAAGCAAUAACAAUUAAAAUAAGGUGAAAACAUUGACAGAAAAAUAUGUUUCUUUACUUCGUUUUUCAACCUAUUCCAAGCCGAAAUCAGUAAAAAUUCCUUGUCAGCCAGCAAGUAGCAAAGCCAAUCUUUGAUGGCCCGUGUAAACUUUAAAUAAGCUCGCCUAACAGGCAUUAUGUGGCGUUGACGAGAUAAAGGCGCGCAGCUCGUGGCAAGGGGACACCAAUUCUCAGGGAAUCUGUCCGUCUGAUCUGUCUUCUGAUCUGCUUAUAAGGCGUCUGGGCGCUGCCUGUGAACUGUGAUCCCAGGUUUGUCGAGUACACUUCACACUGCGCUCGCAAUUUACGCGCAUGAUCAAUAUAUUUGAUUGCACCUGGUAGGUUGACCGCGAGCGGGCCACGCGCAACGAGUGAAAAAGUAAAAUUACUGUGAUUCAAAAGAAAAAAAAGAGACUGCUCGCAGUCUACCUGGUAGGGGACGGGACGGCGAAUUUUGUAAAAACAGAUUAUCAAAUUGUUUUCAGGCGAGCGCUUGCAAUGGCUACUGAAUGGAAGAACAGCUAACAAAUGCGAGAUUAUAUCACUAUAUUUUUAGCACAUUAAGCCCUGACAGUGAUGAACAACAAAUUAAAGUUCUCCUUGGAAUACCAAUUUUUUAACACAUUGGUGACGAGAAUAAAGGACAUGAUCAAAAACAAUAAAUCUAAUUAAAACUUCAACAAAUCCUCCCACUCAUAACAACAACUUUUAUUUAAACACAUGCAGUUAAAAUUGAAGCUAAUACAGUUUAUGGGGCCUUGUACAUAUUAAUUAAAAACUUGCUAAUGAAAAUAAAUAAUUGUAAUUAAAAAAACUAUACCUAAAAAGUAAAAAAGUACUCAAUUCUUGUGUUAUCAAAAAAAUAUAAAUGUAUCAAUAUUAUUAUAUUGAUUAUUAGUCAAUGAAAGACGAAAUUACUGUCAUUGAACAUAUUCAUUGCAAGGGGUAAUUCAGCUGAGAAAUUGAGAUUUUUGAGGGCUUGAGAGUUUAUGACCAUUUUAGCGUAGGCUCUUGUGUCAGCCACGGAGGGAUCUAACAAGUUCCAAGCAUGGGAUCCUCUGUACGAGAUGGAGUUCUUCAUGCUGUACGUUUUGAAACACGAAACACUUACGCGAUGGUGAUGACACAAGUCGUACUUGUUCUUUCGCCUCUGGAUUAGAUGUUCUACGCAUGACGGAGUUAUGCGAUUAAAUAUUUUAUAAAGUAAAGUGGCUAUCUUGGCCUUUGUUCAUGUCAAAUAACGAGUCCCACUUGACUGAUUUUCGAACGUCUACAGAGGGUAGGUCUUGGGACAGGUUAUAUAUGACUCAAGCAACUCUGCUAUGUAUAGAUUCCAAAGCAUUGAAUUCAUUCUUAUUGGUGGCACACCCCCAAUUGAUAGCGCAAUACCGCUUAUUAGUAGCGUACGACCACUUAUUCUAUAGAAAACGUGUAGGGACAACAAAUGGAUAAAGUAUGGAAUAUUUUUUGAAGGAUAGCUACCAUACUUUACUUUGGAGAUUGGAAUCGGCGUUUUCUCCAGUCAUCGCAUUGAAAUUAAAAAAAAACGCAAACUUGUGCCCAGUUUAUUACUCGCCCCGCGCCAGUCCCUUCUCGUUUUCCGAAGCCAUGGGGUUCCAUCGAGCAUCAAAUUCUUCAGUUUUGCACUGUUUAAGUUAUCUCGUUUUAGAAGUAACCCUUUGGUCGAUGGAAAUUGCCCCAAGGUCAGUGAAAUGAAAGGAAUUUUACAUGAAACAUGAAUUCAGUUUACAUUCAAGUUAUAAUUAAAUUGCUCUCUGAAAUUUCUAAGCCAAAGCAGGGCUGCAAGCUUUGUGAGGUGAAUGUUAUCGGUAAAAAUGUCUGGUUUAUUCAGAUUUCUUCUCUUUUACUAUUUUCACUCAACUUGAGGCACUACUCGAUAACUUCAAGUCUAAUUAUUUUUUAGACAAAGGGGAAACAAUCGAGGUAAGAUUUUACAAACAAAUUGACAGUUCUUAGUAUAAAGUGUUUGGGGCCUAGUUCAUCAACUAGUCGUUAAAGUUUCUAUAAACUCAAGAUUAAAUGAUAUCUUUUCGUUUUUUUCGUGGGCAUUCAGGUUUGGGUUCAACUUAUUCCUGAACCAUGGGAGGAUAACCGUGUAACCGUGAGUAUAAAACUUUCAGAUACAAUAGAAAGGGACUUUUAUAGUUAGUGGAAAACAACAUAAACUUUUCAGCUUGAGCGAGCCAAAGCGAAAACAGUCUGAAUCAGAACUGUGUCGAUGUUGUGGUUCAAAGUUUUCUGUGCUUUGAUAAUUUUCAAAACAGCUUAAAGUUUGUCAUAAUAUGAAUCAGCUAACUUCAUACUUAGGAAGGGCAGGUGGGCAGAUGUUUACCAGAACUUUUUAGUACUGAUACACUUUUACUUAGAUCGAUUGUGGUCAUCAAUUUAAAGGAAAGGAAGGAAAAAUAACAGCUGAUUGAAAAAUGUUACAUGCCAAGGUAAAAUUGAGCUCAGGCAGAAAAUUAUUUUUCAAGUGGAGAAAUAUACUGUGGUCGGGGGUUGAGUAUGAAAAUAAUGUGAAGCAUUGUCAGUCCCAAGCACUGAUGUUGUUUAUUAAUUAUUUCAACGGCAAAGAUGUUUUUGCAUGUACCAAUUAACUAUUCGGGUUGUGAAUUCUAAAUCAUUCUUAAUAAUAUAGAACACCCUUAAGUUCUAAACAUUGCAUUCUUGACUUUCAAGACAUGAAUUUAGAUGUUAGAGCUGCAGAUUCCAACUUGAAUCAGGCAGAAGUUUGAGAUAAUAAUUCUGGCAGGCAUUAAAGUAAGCAAGGUUUUAUUCCUCUAGAUCAAAAACUUGACAGUCCCUCAAAGACUUUUGUCAUCUGUUAUGAAACCAAUUGUCUUUCUCUAUAUCCUCUACCAGUAAAGAAGAUAAAUUUGUCUGUCAUUAGCAUAUACAUACUUUGUUAAUUAAUUUCAGGGCAGCCUUUCAAAUUCUAAUCUGCUACACAGCCGUUUUUAGUUUUUUUUUAGUGUUUUUAGUGGGGAGAAGCGUUGCGUGACGACUCUAAAAACGGCUGUGUAGCAGACUACUGAAAUACUGAGUAUCUAACAUUCAACUUGAGGAGCUGGGAAACAUCUUUAAAAAAAAAACAAGGAACAGGAGUUAUCUCUAGAAAUGUUGUAAGUUAAAGUAAAAAAUAUUUAUAUGGCAAUUCAUAAUAAUAUUGUUAUUGUUGUUGGAUUACAUAACUCGCCGUCCCAACUAGGCUAGCCUGCGUCGUAGGACACUCUAAACCGCCUGGAUAACUAACAGUUUGUAUAUAGGGUGUAGUUGCCGAGUUGUACUCAAUUGAUUAUAGUAACAGAGGAAGAACAUUUCCAGGAUUUUAAUCCCCAGUCCCCCGAACAGACAGAGAACGAAAAAUCAAAAAUAUACUUGAGAGGAAUAUGAUUUAUACGAAAGAACAGAGCCGAUCUUGAUCAAUUCCCUCCUGCCUUUGGGCAUGACACGUGGCCAUGUCCUUCAAAGGUAAAUUCUGCUGUUAGUAAUCAACCUAGUUUCUGUAGUUUGAUUCAGGUUCCUUUAAUUCAGCAAAUACAGGGAAUCCUGCUUCAACCCAAGGAAGUAUUUUACCUACGACAGCCGCACCAAAGUUGUGUCAUCUCAGAGUCAGAUCAGAGUAAAUUUUAGAUCCGUUUACAAACAAAAGAACUCGGACUCAUUAAUACUCGUUCAAAGCUGUGUUAAUUGAAUGAUUUUCUUUGUAAGCGAGAUGAAUCAUGUCAAUGACUGUGUUUAAGCAAUAAGCUCUCUCUCUCUGGGGUAAAUCAUGAAAGAGCCCUUCAAAGGGGGGAAUUCUCUGGCUUUGUUUGUUUACUGAGGCUGCCUGCUGUCGCCUUGUAGGUUAGGAAAAAAUAUCGCUGUCGCGGAAAGUCGCUGUCGAUUGGCAUAAAUUUCUGUGAUACUCAAUUUCAGAUUUACGGCAGAUAUGCAAAAGUCAGGAUAAAGUUAUAAACUUUCUCCCGCGGUGAAUGUAAGUUACGGACAUAUAUUCUCGCGCGGGCCCGAAUGGAGAGCUUGAAACCUCACUAUCAAAAAAAUUUCCGGAGGCUCAAAUAAAUAAGCUUAACAUGCAAAUUUAGUAACAGAUUUUACAUUAUAUAGUGGCCGGCAGAAGUAAAGAUAUACUCGGUACGGAUUCCAAUACUUAACUUAACCUCCACUUUUAACGCUACCGACCGGAUUCAGAUUGCGUCAAGCUUCUUGUGUAACAAAAAUGCUUAAUCUUGUUAUGAAACACUGAGUUUGUCCGUAAGUGCCGUCUACAAACUUAAUAUGACUAUACCGAUACUAUAGUAGACUUUUUACUUAUUGUCCUUGCAUAUUUAAGACUGUUGCAAGAUCACAUCCGCCUUCCGAUGGCCUUAGAUGUUACGUCACAAGCGCGAAAAAUUUCUCGUUCGAAUUUUUGUACCUUCCGAGCUUCGAUAUUGACUUCACGUAACACCUUUUUGUGGAGGAUAGACAAAAGGUUGUUUUCUGUUUCAAAAGAUCUUUACUUUAAAAUGAAAUUGUCUUCAGCGGUUACACCUCGCUCGACCGUACGUUUCUUGGCUGUGACAGUGAUGUUCUUUGCUGGUCUGGUUCAUAUCCUCGCUCUUGAUGAUCAACUGGCGCGCAAACCGCGAGGAGAAGAUCGCGUAUCUACUGAAGGCACUGAAGUUGGUGGACAACAAUCGCUGCUGUACCGUGAUCGAAGAACGGUGAAAAAUAACCGAACUCCCAAUCUGGCGGACUUUGCAAACCGGCUGAAAGAUCUCGAAGAAAGGUAGCAAAAGGUAUUAUGUUAGCUCGGCGAUUUGCUAUCUCAUUUUGAGAACUCAGUUAAUUCGAGGCCAGGGGAACAUUCUAUUAGACACUGUUCAUCGGUGACGAUGCUCGAUCACACUGUUUGUAAAAUGAUGGAUUUACUAACCUCAUUUACUCUUCUUUGCCAAGCCACAACAAGAGCAUACGUUUGUCUCGAAUGAUGAUUAGACGAUUUCAUGAACUGGAGAGAAGGUUUGAGAAAUGAAAUUAAAGAUUCACCUUUGUUAACAUAAUUGCUUUUUUAAACUAAGUAUACUUCGAUUCUGAAAUUGUCAUUGCAUACUGGGGGAAAUCUGUUCAAUCUCUUGUUUAACGAAGCAUGUGCUUUUGGCAACAUGGCAAAUCCCCUCUUUCCUAAAAUGUGUAACGGCGACUCCUGAGAUCAGGAAGGGGGAUAUUAUAAGCCUUUAAAACAGUUUCAAAACUGUGCAUAGGCUUGGGUCUCCUAUUAUAAAAGUACCUGGAUACCCCCUCUAAACAGGAAAACGCUUUUUGUUGGCCGGCGCUGAUGAAUGUUGAAGACUUGCAGCCCGCUUGUGUGAGAAGAUCAGUUUUCAGAUCCAGAAUAGAAUAUCCUUCAGUGUAAAGACCAGAGUAAUUGUUGAUUAUCUAUAAACUGACUUGAUGACAGUUUUUUUAGUUUUUUCCUUUCAUCCACGCACUAAUUUCCUAGAGCAGAAGAAGCGUAGCAAACACCACGAAAAUAUAACAACGCUUGACUCUUGUAAAGUUAAAUUCAAGCUGCAUUAAGGCCCAACUGGUAGUUGAACUAGGGCUAAAGACACGAAGGUCCCCGUUAAACUAUCCCUGACAAUUUCUAUCUUUGACUCUUUUUUGCAGAUUUGAUGGCUUACUGCGAUUAUCUCCCCGACCAGCGGGGGAAUCUUACGGGUCACUUUUGACCUACAUUCUUGGUAAAAUAUGUUGUUCAAUCCUAUUGCAAACUAGUACGAAACUACCUAUCGGGAACUAGCGAGUUUCAUUAAUAUCAGUAGUUAACAUGAACAGCCGGAAAUAUUCAAUUCAGGUGUUUUGCCCUAAAGUUCUUUUAAAAACUUAAAAUAAGCGAUUUUAUGUUGUCGGUGAUUUAGUGUUUUAGAAUUCGUAAGCAACAAUGUGACCCAAGAACCGGUAUGUAAUUCAUUUGGCUGGUGAAUUUGCUUUAUUUGUGAGUGGCAACACCCAACCUCUUUCCCAGGGCUUUUUCCUUAAAAAAAAAAAAGAGAAAAAAAAAUUGGUGGAGUUGGGGAGGGGGGCACUUUCUAAGCGAAAAAGCAUCGGCAAUGGGGUUUUGACAUCAGCGUGUUUCUUUUUCAGGGCAACAUAUGCAGAACUCCGGAAAGGGACGAGUUGGACCACCUGGCCCUCCUGGAAAACAGGGACCGGCUGGUGCUCCUGGGAAACAGGGACCGACUGGUGCUCCUGGGAAACGGGGACCGGUUGGUAUUCCUGGGAAACAGGGACCUGCUGGUACUCCUGGGAAACCAGGACCAAUUGGACCAAAAGGAUCAAAAGGUAUCAAGGAAAAACGACAUAGAGAUCAAGGGAAAAACUAAAGCUUUUAUAACACCAACUGUGAAUGUAGGAAAAAGAGCAAAAGAAACUCCUCUUUUAACAUACCAAUAUUUACAUGUUAGCCACCUGGUUAGCUGUAAACAAUAAGUUCCAUUAAUCGAAUUUCAGCUAACAUCUUGUUUCUUUUUUAUGGUGUUUUUGGGUCUUUUGCAAGCCGGCCAUUUUUCAACCGUUAUAUGCGUGAUUUAUGAUCGUCGGAAUCCCGUAGGAAAAAAUAGUCUCAUGACAGCUCCAAUUUUGAGCCAAAUGACAUAAUAAGUCGAGAUUGAGUGCUACGGGUCUUUUUAUACUUUGUAGGAGAACAGGGAAAACAAGGAACCAACAAGUCAUUCCCAGGCCCUCCUGGACCUAAAGGAGACCAGGGAGCAGUUGGAAGGACUGGAGCCCAGGGACCACAGGGUGCAAAAGGAGAAAAGGGACAGGAUGGAGCUGGAAAUUCAGGGGUGAAGUACGUUCGCUGGGGAAGAACCACAUGUCCUAGUGGUGCGCAGAUAGUUUAUAAAGGUAUGCGAAAAGAAGCUUACAUGAUAGUUACUAUUAUGCCAUGAUUCUAAAUACAGAAAUUGUGAUAGGCUGAGGAUUUUUAUGCCACUAAUUAAUCAUAUUUAAAAGUGGCAACUAAGAAAUUUCUCUAAGCUUGUUACUUUUCCUGGUCAAUGACCCGGGCAUCUCUUUUUAUCUUUUUGUUGCAUAUCUUUCCAGCAGUGUAACUGGUUCGUGCAUAAGACAGAGUGAAAUCUGGGUAUGAGAGAGAAAGAGAGAGAGAAAACGCCUCUUGUUUUUUCCAACAAUGCGCGCGCUCUCACGGCAUUGUUUACGUCGAGGUCACAUGAAACUAUAUCCCGCAUAAAGUAUUUUUUACAGUCUAUGUCGAUCGGAUCCAUGAACAUUGAAUAAUCUCCCAUGAAGCAUAAAUGAUUACCGCUUGCUGAAACGUAUUUUCAUAAAUUUGUAGUCAAGUACGCUUUUCUUUUUAGUGAUCAAUAGAAAUAGGCAGACAAUGUGUAGAGUAUUGUAUUAAAUUUUUGCCUAAAAAUGUUACAACCAUUUGUGGUUUGUGGUCUUAGUGUUUAAGCGAUCUGAUUAGUUUUUUUUCUUUGACAAUCCAGCAAUUUUCACCUCCUAGCGAUAUUGCGUGAACUAGGUGUUUUGCCAAUUUUCUGAAUAAGAACUAAUCAACAGAAUCCUAGGGUUAAUGUUUUUGAAGGUAAGAAAGAAUUUCAAAUUGUUUUAACUGCGUUUUCCGAUUUACUUUGGCAGAAUGUUUUUCGCUUGCAAUAUCAGCUCACCCUCGAGUAAAUGAGGCCAUUUUGUUAACUCAGCAUUUCCUAACAAGAGGAAUUCAGUUGCCUAGAAAUCAACGUUAAUUUUUGACCAAAGAAAAUGAAAGCAAGUCUUUGCGAAAAUUCUUCAUUUCAAAUAACUAGGACAGAGAAAAGACGCCUUGCCUAGGCCUCCCUCAACCGCUAGCGGCCAUUUCAUUCACUUGCGAAGAGCGGAAAAGGAAGGCUUUUAAUUAACUUGGCGAGUUGACAGAAUUUCCAAGAAUAAUUGUUGAUAAAUUUUUUUCCUUGUAUCAGGUAUAAUUGGUGGAGAAUACUACAAUCAGCCAGGUGGUGGAGCGAACUACCUUUGCCUUCCACACAAUCCAAAGUAUGACAAGUACAAAAAUGGCCAUCAGAACUCCGGAUACGUGUACGGUACUGAAUAUGAUUUGAGUCGGUACAAGUACAGCGGUAACCCUUUUAAGAGAAAUCUCCACGAUCAUGAAGCACCAUGUGUUGUCUGCUUCGUCAAGUCACGUGGCUCGAUGCUGAUGAUGCCUGCCAGGAAUGAUUGUCCAUCUGGAUGGACCGAGGAGUAUCAUGGGUACCUAAUGACAGAAUUUCAUGGCCACAAGCAUUCAAGUGAUUUCAUCUGUGUUGACGAGGAUCCGGAAUAUGUUCCUGGUAGCAAUGCAAACAAGAAUGGUGCAUUGCUGCAACUUGUGGAAGGUGUUUGUGGCUCACUCCCAUGUCUUCCUUAUGUCAGCGGUCGAGAGUUGACAUGCGCUGUGUGCACCAAAUGACGGGAAGAUACCUUUCACAGUGGCAUGGGUACCAUGCCAAUGAGCUACGAAAACCAAAUAAUAAUGGUUAAAUCAGUAUAUACUUUAAACUAGACUUAAGCCACACUACGUUAUCUGGUCUGCUAGCACUAAUAUAAGGCGCCAGAAAAGUUCGCUGUAGAUUAAUACGGGAUGUAAUUAAUAACAAUUAAAAUAAGGUGAAAACAUUGAUAUAAAAUUGUGUUUCUUUACUUCGUUUUUCAACCGAUUCCAAGAAAUCGGUACAAAGGCCCUGGCUGCCAGCAAGUAGCAAAGCUAAUCUUCGACGGCCCACGUAAAAUGUUAAACAAGUUCCUGUUUUCUGAGUCCAUGAAAGUCAUGAAAGGAACAGAUUGCAGCUCGUCUGACAAGCGUUAUUUGGCGUUGACGAGAUAAAAGCGCAAAGAGCGAGGUAAGGGGACACGAAUUCUCGGGCAAUUUGUCAGUUUGAUUUGUCUUCAUAAAGCCUUUAAGGCGUCUGCGCGCUGCCUGUGAACUGUGAUCCCUGGUUUGUCGAUUACACACUGCGCUCGCAAUUUACGCGCAUGAUCAAUAUAUUUGAUUGCACCUGGUAGGUAGAGCGCGAGCGGUGGACCUUCUUUCCUCAGGUCCAUGCGUGGCGAGUGAAAAAGUAACAUUACUGUGAUUUAAAAGAAAAAUAAGAGACUGUUCGCAGUAUAUCUGGUAAGGGACGGGACGGCGAAUUUUGUAUAAAGAGAUUAUCAAGUUGUUGUCCGGCGAGCUCUUGCGAUGGCUACUCAAUGGAAGAACAGCUAACAAAUGCCAGAUUAUAUCACUGUACUUUUAACCCAUUAAUCCCUGAGGGUGAUAAGCAACAAAUUUCUCCUUGGAAUCAGGAGCGGACGGAGGAUUUUGUGAUAGAUGGGGCCUAGAGAUAUAGUAUACAGUGGCAAAGUGGGCGCGAAAUAGCGCCCAUCAGAACUGUGAACCGCGCACUUUUCUACGGAGUUUCGGGCGCACGCUCUUCCGGGAAUAUUUUUGAGAUUGAUCAAGUUCUCUGAGAUGCAAUCUAGUGCAUUCUGGACGCUUGAAUUUAGCAAAUGCCUGGAUUCCAUAUUGAACAUGUAAUGCUGAAAUAUUCAAUAAACCACAGGUGUGGUUGUGGUCAAAGAAGUAAUAAACACUUUUUAUGAUGCUAGCAGGGCCCGAAGCGAUUGCGGCGAGAGCACAACCUCCCGGAAAAGGCGGCAACAUCGUCUCCCUGAAAAAACUGUCAGAUCCAGUUUGUUUGAGGUAGUCAUUGGUCAUUUGCGACUAAAAUUGUAGGCUUCGAACACAGAUUCUUUUCUUAUUUACAAUGUUUAUUAAAGAAAAUAUAUUUUAAGUAACAAAGCUCAAAGUACCAUCCGACACACGUUUAUUAAAGAAAAAAAUUACCGGACACAAAGGAGGGGGGGAGGGGUCGACCCCCUGGGCCCACCCCUUAAUCCGCCCGUGGUGAUAACAAUGUUUUACACAUUGGUGACAAGAAUUAAGGACAUGGUUAAACACAAUAAAACUAAUCAAAACUUCAACAACAACUCUUACUUAAACAGAGUUAAAAUUAAAGCUAAUACAACCGAUGGGGCCGUGUACAUUUUAAUUAAAAGAUGCUAACGAAAAUACAUAAACCUAAGAAGUAAACAUAUACCUAAAAAGUAAAAAAUACUAAAAUACUUUUGCUAUUCAAACAAUAUAAAUACAUCAGUAGUAUUAAAUUGAUUCCUAGUCAAUAAAAGACGAAAUCACUGUCAUUUGACAUACUUAUUUGGAGUGAUUCAGCUGAGAAAUUGAGAUUUUUGAGGGCUUGAGAGUUUAUGGCAAUUUUAGCGUAGGCUCUUGUGUCAGCCACAGAGGGAUCUAACAAGUUCCAAGUAAUGGAUCCUCUGCACGAGAAGGAGUUCUUCAUGUGGAACGGUUCGAAACACGGAACACUCACGCGAAAAAGAUGACACAAGUCGUACUUGUUCUGUCGCUUCUGGAUUAGACGUUCUGAAGCAGGAUGGAGUUAUGCGAUUAAAUAUUUUAUAAAUUAAAGUGGCUAUCUUGGCCUUGUACAUAUCAAAUAACGAGUCCCACUUGACUGAUUUUCGAACGUCUUCAGAGGGUAAGUAACGGAGCAGUUUAUAUUUAUGACUCUAGCAGCUCUGCAGUAAUGUUAUAGAUUCCAAAACAUUUUUUAAAACAUUCUUUUUAUUGGUGACACUCCCCAAAAUUGGUAGCGCAAGACCGCUUAUUUGUAGCGUAAGACCACUUAUGCUAUAGAAAACUUGUAGGGACAACAAAAUGGAUAAAUUGUGGAAUAUUUUUUGAAGGAUAGCUACCAUACUUUACUUUGCAGUUUGGGAUUUGUUGGGAUCUGCGUUUUCUCCAUGAAAGAUUUACACAAACUUGUCCCCAGUUUACUACUCGCCCAGUGCGAAUCCCUUCUCGUUUUGGGAAGCCAUGAUGUUCCAUCGAGCAAUCAUGUCCUUCAGUUUUGCACUGUUAAACUUAUCUCCUUUUAGCAGUAGCCCUUUGGUCGGUGGAAAUUGUCCCAAGGUUAGUGAAAUGAAAGGAAAUUUUACAUGAAACAUGAAUUUUACAUUCAAGUUAUACAUUACUCUCUGAACUUAUAUUUCUAAGUUAAAUUAUCAAGCUUUGUGAGGUUACUGUGCUUUUCACAAACAUGCGAACUCUAAAGUUCAAAAGUUUUGUAAAAAGUAAAAAGUAAAGUUUUGUUUCCGAAGAGGUCCGUUAAGAUGAUUGACGGCAGCAAAAACCGCGAUCGUCAGUUGGCUUUUGAUUCAGAAUUCGCAUGUUUGUGAAAAGUGCAGUAAUGUUAUCGGUAAAAAUGUCUGGUUUAUUCAGAUUUCUUCUCUUUUACUAUUUUCACUCAACUCGAGGCACUACUCGAUAACUUCAAGUCUAAUUACUUUUUAGACAUAGGGGAAACAAUUGAGGUAAGAUUUUACAAACAAAUUGACGGUUCUCAGUAUAUAGUGCUUGGAGCCUGGUUUAUAACAGUCGUUAAAGUUUUUAUAAACUCAAGAUUAAAUUAUAUCUUUUCGUUUUUUUUCGGGGGGGGGGGGGGGGCUUUAUUUUUAUUUUUUCCCCUAUCCCGGAGCCUAUAUAAAAAAUUUCAAAUUUAAUUUUUUUUUAAGAAUAGGGAAACAAUGGUAGGUAAUAUUUUAAAAAAAAAUUUGGUGUUUUUGUUAUUUUGUGUUUGGGGUUUUUUUUUAAAAGUGUUUUAAUUUUUUUUAAAAUUCAAAAUUAAAUUUUUUUUUUUUUUUUUUUUUGGGGGGGGGGGGGGGCGCAUUCAGGUUUGGGCUCAACUUAUUCCUGAACCAUGAGAGGAUAACCGUGUAAUUGUGAGUAUAAAACUUUCAGAUACAAUAGAAAGGGACUUUUAUAGCUAGUGGAAAACAACAUAAACUUUUCAGCUUGAGGGAGUCAAAGUGAAUACACAGGGCUUCUGAUAUUUCGCUCGGUCGCGGAGCCGGGAAAUCCCGCGAAAUUCGGUAGAAAUCUUAUCAAAUACAUGUCUGUACAACAUAUUUGAAACUUAUUUCAGCUAUUGGGGCUAUUUACUUGCCGUAAACUUGCAAAUUUAUCUUGGACCUUCGUCACUGAAUCGUGCAAACAACGUCCCGAAACUACCAGGCCUAGAUUAUGUUGCGAAAAACUGGGCACUAGCUAUGAUGUUGAAGGCUUUGCCUAUUGGUUCAUUUCUUUGAAGCGCAUUGUUGUUAAACGUUAAAAACGCUGGUCUGAUCAGCGCAAAACCGAUUGAUUUCUAGCGAAAUUUGCCUUGAAAGUAACCACAAAAUCGGCCGUUUUUUACCGAUUGCUUUUUGGGGAAAUUUUUUUCGAAAUUACCGCGAGAUCGGCCGACUUUUCCGCAAAUUUGUCCCCAAAAAUCCCUCUAAAUUUGACUUUUUCUUCCGCGACCUGUCAGAAGCCCUGGAAUACAGACUGAAUCAGAACUCUGUCGAUGUUGUGGUUCAAAGAUUUCUUUGCUUUGAUAAUUUUCAAAACAGCUUAAAGUUUGUCACAAUAUGAAUCAGCUAGUAACUUCAUACUUAGGAAGGGUGGGUGGGUAGAUGUUUACCAGACCCUUAUACUGAUACACUUUUACUUAGAUCGAUUGUGGUCAUCAAUUUAAGGGAAAGGAAGGAAAAAUAACAGCUGAUUGUAAAAUGUGCCAAGGAAAAAACAUGCCAAGGAAAAAUUGAGCUUAGGCAGAAAAUUAUUUUUCAAGUGGAGAAAUAAAAUGUGGUCGGGGGUUGAGUAUGAAAAUAAUGUGAAGCAUUGUCAGUCCCAAGCACUGAUCGAUGUUGUUUAUUAAUUAUUUCAACAGCAAAGAUGUUUUUGCAUGUACCAAUUAACUAUUCAGGUUGUGAAUUCUAAAUCAUUCUUCCUAACAUAGAACACUCCUUAAGUUCUAAACAUUGCAUUCAUGACUUUCAAGACAUGAAUUUAGAGGUUGGAGCUGCAGAAUUUCCAACUUGAAUCAGGCAGAAAUUUGAGAUAAUGAUUCUUGUAGGCAUUAAAGUAAGCAAGGUUUUAUUCGUCUAGAUAAAAAACAUGACUAGUUACUGUGCCUCACAGACUUUUGUCAUCUGUUAUGAAACCAAUUGUUUUUCCCUAUAUCGCCUCUACCAGUAAAGAUGAUGAAUUUGUCAUUAGCAUAUACAUACUUUGUUAAUUAAUUUCAGAACAGCCUUUCAAAUACUGAGUAUCUAACAUUCAACUUGGGGAGCUGGGGAACAUCUUCAGAAACAAAAGGCAUUAAGGAGUUAUCUCUAGAAAUGUUGUAAGUUAAAGUCAAAAAUAUUCAUAUGGUAAUAUAGUAAUAAUAUUGUUAUUGCUGUUGGAUUACAUAGAGGAUAUUACACGGUGGUGCGAAGAUAUGAAUUUUAUUUUCGAGUGGCAAACAAUAUUUUACGAACAAGCGCAGCGAGUGAGUAAAAUAUUGUUUUUGCCACGAGAAAAUAAAAUUCAUAUCUUCAAGCCGCCGUGUAAAUGUCGUUUUUAAUAUAUAGACAAACAGACAUCUAUAAAAUAAUAGAGGGAAAUGACCGAAAUUACGUCAUCGAUAACUCACGUGUGAGAUGGAAAAUAAACCACUCGGGUCCCGGAUGUAGUUUUUACGAAUUUUACGAGUGGUAUAUUUUCCAGUAAAACACUCGUGUCUAUAUAAUAAAAAAAAUAACUCGCCGUCCCAACUCGGCUAGCCUGCGACGCAGACACUCUAAACCGCCUGGAUAACUAAGCAGUUUGUAUAAAGGGCAUACAGUAGUUGCCGAGUUGUAUAGUAAAUGUAUUAUAGUAGCAGAGGAGGAUCAUUUCCAGGAUUCUCAUUCCUAGUCCCCCGGAGAGACAGAACGAUAAAUCCUGAAAAUUUAUACGAAAGAAUAGAGCCGAUCUUGAUCGAUUCCCUCGUGCAAAUGAGCAUAACAUAUGGCAAUGUCCUUGAAGGUAAAUUCAGCCUAGUUUCUAUAGUUUGAUUCGCAGUUUCCUUUGAUUCAGCAAGUACAAACUUAAGGAAAUCCUGCUUCAACCCUAAAGAGGAUUUUACCUACGACAGCCGCACCAAAGUUGUUUCACCUUGUAAAUGCCACCGACUUUUGCAAAAUUAAAUUUGAAAAAUUUUGCAUGCUUAGACACCCACAAAGCGCAGUUCCUCUCUUCUCAAUACGACUAAGCAGAGUAAAUUUCAGAUCCGUUUACAAACAAAAGUCCUCUGAUUAACACUCUUUCAAAGCCGUGUUAAUUGAAUGAUUUUCUUUGUUUGCCACCUAGCCGAGAUGAGAUCAUGUCAAUGACUGUGUUAAGCUAGAAGCUCUCUCUCUCUCUCUCUCUCUCUGGGGUAAAUCAUGAAAAAGGCCUUCAAAGCGGGGUAUGCUAUUGCUUAAUUUGUUUGUCAUUCCUGAUGGUGCCUGCCGCCUUGUAGGUUAGGAAAAAAUAUCGCUGUCCAUUUUAGUUAGGACGAGAAAGUCGCUGUCGAUUGGCAUAAAUUUCUGUGAUACUCAAUUUCAGAUUUACGGCAGAUAUACAAAAGUCAGGAUAAAGAGCCACAAAAGAACAAAUUUUAUUAUAAACUUUUUGCCGCGGUGAAUGAAAAGUUACGGACAUACAUUCUCGCCGGAGCCCGAAUGGAGAGCUUGAAACCUCACUAGCAAAAAAAAUUCCCGGAGGCUCAAAUACUGAAGGUUAACAUGCAAAUUUAGUAAACAGAUUUGACAUGAUAUAGUAGCCGGCAGAAGUAAAGAUAUACUCGGUACGGAUUCCAAUACUUACCUUUACCUCCACUUUUAAACGCUACCGAUUCAGACUUGGUCAGGCUUCUUGUGCUUUAUCUUGCUCUGAAACAGUUUGUCCGUAUACGACGUCUCCAAACUUAAUGUGAUUGUACCGGUAUAUAGCAUCAUAUAGGAGAUUGUUUACUUAUUGUUCUUGCAUAUUUAAGUCGGUUGCAAGCUUGGAUGACCUUGGAUGUUACGUCACAAGCGCGAAAAAUUUCUCGUCCGCAUUUUUCUACCAUCCGAGCUCCGAUAUUGACUUCAUCGUAACACCUUUUUGUGGAGGAUAGACAAAAGGUUGUUUUCUGUUUCAAGGACUGAAAGUUCCUUUAAAAUGAAAUUAUCACCAGCGGUUACCCCUCGCACCAGCCUGCGUUUCUUGGCUGUGUCAGUGAUGUUCUGUGCUAUUCUGGUUCACAUUUUUGCACUUGAAGAAAAACUGGCGCGAAAACUGCGAGAAGAAGAUGGCGUAUCUGAAGGCACUGAAGUUGGUGAAAAACAAUCAAAGUUGUACCGUGAUCGAAGAACGGUGAAAAAUAACGCGACCCCCAACCUGUCGGACUUUGCAAACCGGCUGAAAGAUCUUGAAGAAAGGUAUGAUCUUAACUCGGCGAUUCGCUGUCUCAUUUCGAGUGCUACAUUUUCUAUCACAUGAGCAAUGUUCAAUGUCGGUUACGUGCCACAAUCCUAAACUCAAACUUCCCUUAAAAUGGUGGAUUUACUAACAUCAUUUACCGUUUUUACUAAGCCACAACAAGAGCGUACGUAUGAUGAUCAGACAAUUUCAAGCGUUGGAGAAAAGGUUUGAGAAAUAAUAAAAUUAACUGCAUUAAUGCUGAUUGCUUAUUCAAAAACUAACAAGUACCUCUGAAAUUGUUACUCCUGAGGCCGAUUGCAUAGGAAACCCGUUUGAUUUCUUGUCUAGCGAGGAAUUUUAUUUUGGUAUGGCAACAUGACAGAUCGCCUGUUUCCCAAAAAAAUAACGGCGAUUCUUGAGGUAGAGAAUUCAGGGGAAAUGCCAAGAAAGUCCCUGUUAUCCAGGCCGGACAAGUAUUAUGGCCGGGACUAAUGGCUGUGCAAUGGAAGAUUUGUGUGGGAAGAGUUUCAUCCAAGUUCUGGCUAACAUCGUUCAGUGUACCUGAGAGUUAUUAAUUGUUGCUUAUCUUUUAGCUAUAAACUGACUUGAUUACAGACUUUCAUAUCAUCGACGCAAUAAUUUCUAGUGCAAAAGAAGCGUAAUAUUAUAAACAGCUGUAAACAGCAAUAAAGGAAAAUACCGCUUAAAAAUUUUUUUGUAAAAUUAAAACAAAGCCGAAUUUGUUCUGAACUGGUGGCUGAUUUUGGGGCUUAAGGCUAUUUCCAUACUAUACAGCUUUUAGUGUGGACGCGAAAAGCUGUUAAGGUUUAUAUAGUAUCAACAGCAACGGCACAGAACUGGAAAGUUCACACGCAUCAAAGCGGUUGACCGAGAGAGGUUGGGAACUAAAUUUCGGCCCCCUAAAUGUUUACUUCCGUCUCAGUAGAUUCCAGUCCUCGCUCCUACUUAAUCACGUCCACAAAGGUCCCUUGCACAACGCCGGUGGCACAUGACCUAUUUGAUAUGUUACGCUCUAUUUUAAAGAUCGGCGCGACAUAGCCUUGCUCCUUUUAUACUGAAAUUGCCCCGAAAUUAUCGUUCUUAUGUGUGCAAAGAAGCCCUACCACGUAUGGUUUUCGUGCCGGCGCCAGAGCCAUCCGGCAUAGUGCGAAAAUGGCGUAAGCCGAUCACGGCGAAAGUCCUUGUUAAACUGUCUCUAAGAUUUUUUAUGGUUGAUCUUUUUUUCAGACUUGAUGGCUUACUGCGAUUAUCUUCUCGACCGGGGGAAUCCUACGGGUCACUUUUGAGCUACCUUCUCGGUAAAAUAUGAUGUUCAAUCCAAUCGAAAGUUUCCUAAAGCAACUAGCGGAUCACAGGCUUUUUGUCCCAAAACACCAGCCUUAAAUAAUAAGUGAUUUUUGAGCUUUAAGUUUGUCAAUGAUUGUUAUAGAGUAUGUAAGCUACGAUAUGGCCAAAAAUCCGUAUUUAAUCCAUUUGGCUGGUAAAUGUGCUGUGAUUUAUGAGUGAUAUCAGGGGCACCCAACGACAAUUAAAGGUCGCCUAGAAUUUUAGGAAGCCUUUUUUCUGGCUGAAAUUUUCGAAAAGGUAAGUUUUGAUCCCUAUAAUUUUCGGAUCACCAGACUUUCAGCUAGGAAAUCCGAACAGAUGAAAAAUUUUUAGGGGAUAAAAAUAUGCUUAUAUCUACCGUUUAAAUGCUAAAAUACGUUUAACAAUGCUAUGUUUAAGUGGUUUUGAACUAUAUUCUCGUUGGGUGUCCCUGUGAUAUCACCGGCGUGUUUGUAUUUCAGGUCAGCAUAUGCAAAACCCUGGAAAGAGACGAGUUGGACCACCCGGACCUCCAGGGAAACAAGGACCGACUGGUGCUCCUGGGAAACAGGGACCGACUGGUGCUAAUGGGAAACAAGGACCUUCUGGUGCUUCUGGAAAACAGGGACUGGUUGGUGCUCCUGGGAAACAGGGACCGGCUGGACCAAAAGGAUCAAAAGGUAAAAAGGGUAAACGACCAAGAGAUCAAGGGAAAAAAUGAAAAUUAUAUAGGCGAAUCUUUGUUUACAUUUUUUGGCUCAUUAGCACGUGCUUUACAUUCUUUGUGAUCAAGCAAUUAAAAUAAACUGUCUGAAUAUCAAACAAGCACAACAAUUUCAGUUAUCUGUGGAAAUUUGAGCCCGAUGCAUCGAAUAGUUUCAGAAAAAUUAUGUAUGAAAAACUCGAAACUUGACAAAGGAUGUAUGGGCUCAUUAACAUUUUUGCCACCCAGCAAUUUCGCAGGUCCAACUCUCUCACUUUUGAACAUCGGUAACGCCUUCUAUGAGUUAACUCGUAUGCUAACAAGCAAACAUGUAACAAUGACGUCAGGAAAGAUUCGCCUAUAACACCAACUUUGAACGUGGUGGCGAGAGCAAAUGAAACCCGUUUUGUAAGUUUAGUUUGUAUGUUCCAGCAAUUAGAAGUUAGCCGGUUGUGAAGAAAACUGUUAAAUUAGCAUCUCAGUUAUUUUCUGACAGAGUAUCCUUUUACAGCUCUUGCAGUUAAUGAUCAUGGAGGGUCUUAAUGCAAGCCGGCCAAUUUUCAACCCCUACACGCGUGAAAUUCAAUGAGGAUUAUAAGGACCCCAUACUCGGGGAAAAACACUUUUAUCGAUUCCACUUUUGAGUACUAAAAUAAGUCAUAGAGCUGGGACCAAGCGCUUUGACUCAUUUGAUACUUUUUAGGGGAACAAGGAAAACCAGGUACCAACAAGCCAUUCCCAGGCCCCCCUGGUCCAAAAGGAGAGCAGGGAGCAGUUGGGAAGACUGGAGCCCAGGGACCACAGGGUGCCAAAGGAGAAAGGGCACAGGAUGGAGCUGGAAAUUCAGGGGUGAAGUACAUUCGCUGGGGGAGGACCACGUGUCCUAGUGGUGCGCAGAUAGUUUAUAAAGGUAAACGAAAAGGAGCUUUAGUAUACCUAAUAGUUACUAUAUUUACUCCCAUGAUUCUAAAGACAGAAAGAGUGAUGAACUGAAAAUUUUUAUGCCACGUGUUGAUCAUUAUCUAAAAGUGACAAUUAUGACUAAAUUUUUGCCUAAAAAUGUUACAGCCAUUUGUAGUUAGUGGUCUUCGUGUUUCAAGCAAUCUGAUUAGUUCGCUCUGUCUUUGACUAUCCAGCAAUUUUCACCUCCUAGCGAUAUUGCAUAUGAGCUAGGUAUUUUGCCAAUGUUCUGAGUAAGAACUAGUCAACAGAAUCCUAGGGUUGAUGUUUUUGAAGGUAAGAAAGGAUUUCAAACUAGUUUAACCGCGUUUUCCGAUUUACUUUGGCAGGGUGUUUUUCGUUUGCAACAACAGUUCACUCGGGUAGAAGAUGCCAUUUUGUUAACUCAGCAUUUCCUUAACACAAGAGGAAUUCAGUUUACUAGAAAUCAAAGUUAAUUUAUGACAAAAGAAAGUGAAAGCAAAUGUUCGCGAAAAUUCUUCUUUUCAAAUACCCAGGACAGAGAAACGACGCCUCGCCUUCCUCAACCGCUAGCCGCCAUUUCAUACACUUGCGAAGAACGGAACAGGAAACCUUUUUGAGCUAUUUUGAAAAUUAAUAGCUCAUAUCUCAGGGGUCUAAGCGUAUGUAUCUUCGUGGCUUUGUGCGUGCUGCUUCGAGACAUUUGUGACCUAAUUCAGUUAUCGCGAACGUGCAACGCACGAAUUUCAUAGUUUAUGAGUUCUGUUUCACCUGCUUCAAGGUAGGGUAUAAACGAUCGUAUAUUUUUCAAAGUUCUUCCAUUGACACAAUAAUUGAUGUAAUAUAUCAAACAUGAGACGCAGUGUUUCAUCACCAGAUGAAACACCGAGAAGAGAGUUGAAAAUACGACGCGCAAAACAAAAUCAUUUUUGAAGGAGAAAUUAAGGAUGCAAAAAUGAGCAGUUUUUCAUCUGAUAUCCAAACACUCAUUAAACAUUAAUUUCCUUUGAAUUUUCUUUAUGAAUUAUUAAUGAGUUUGAGAAAUUUAGAUCAUGGACUUUAAUUCGAAAGCAUAUGGCCUAUAAAUUGUGGUUUUAGAGGUUUUUGUCUGGUAGCUUAUAUUUUUGAAGCUGUACCGAGUAAGUUAAUCCUGCCAUAAACAAAGUUCAUUCCGUCUUGCUUACAAAGUUCAACAGACCUUUUUCUUUCCAAAAAAAUAAACAUGAAUCAAGUGAACAACAUGAUACAUGCUUUCUGCUUAAGAGUGAUUAUAGUUAUUCAAACGAAUUUUUUGACUUCGGCGGAGCGCGAAGCAAAGGACUCGCGACGCUCAGGAAUGUACUAUCAAAGACAAUAUUGGGCACGCAAAGACUGUAGGUUUUCGGUUUUAUUCGGCUGUUUAUACGAAGUGAGAGCCGAAUUAGUUCGAGAUAUCUCGAGGUCAUUUCGAUUUCUUUGAUUUAUUCUUUAACUUAUUCGAGGAAGAAAGAAUUAUUAUUUUGGCUUUCCCGGGGUUUGAACCGACUCACCUGUGUGACCCGUCAGAUCAGAGGAGACUCUAAGUUGAGGGAUUAGCCGAUUUCGCUACUGCGACCCAAGGAAGUUAAAGAUAUGAAAAAUAGCUAUGAAAUUAUGCACUAGGUUUCGGAGAUUGGGCGCGCAAGUUCGUGACUUUUCGGCUUGUUUCGGCUAUUUCACGAAAUGAGACCGGACUAGUUCGUGAUAUCUUGAGAUCACUUCGAGUUGAGUCUUUAAUUUACUCGAGGAAUAAAUAGAAGAUAUUACAUGGCCGCGCAGAGACACGAAAUUUCUCUACGACUGUUGAAAAACAUUUCACGAGUGAGCGCUCCUGUCGAACUGUUUUAUGAUGAAUUUAAAGUUACAAAAUGCUGCACAAAGACGUUUUGUUUUUGUUGAGUGUUAGUAAUAAAAUUGCUUUGAUGCGUUGCGUGACUUUCUCGAACGUUCCCUGCGUUUUUGGAUUAUUCAUAAAUAAUUAAUUAGGACAUGUUUACAUUUCAGCAUGAGUCAGCAGAUUUGCAUCAGUUACUGAAAUCCUAAAAUAUGUCGAAAAGUUACUACUAUUCGCCUGUUUAGUAUUUUCUAGAACCUUAUGUCAAACGGUAUACAAGUUCCAAGUGAGUUCUUUUGACGAACUAAGUUUUUUCCCACGAGCUGGAGUGCUGUGUUUAGUCAAGUGUGACGAAGGUCGAUUUUCAAGUUCUCGGCAAUCCCUACGUUUGGGGAGUUGAUAAUCAUAUUCAUAGUAGUUUUUAACAAUUUGGUUAUUUUGCACCAGAUUUCCGAAGGUAAGACACAGAAAAGUGAAUCUGUAGUAUGAGGAUCGACUUAGCUGUGCGCAGCGGUUCGUGUUUUCAUUAAUGUACAGCAAUAACCAAAAAAUAGUCUUAAUUUAGGGUUCAAACAGAAGAUUGUCGUCACAGUUACGCUGAAGCAUUCAAAAUAGCUCAUGCACGUAAAACGUGCCUAUGUCAAUUAACUUGGCGAGUUGAUAGAAGACUGAGAAAACAGUACCAACGUCGAUUUCAAAGAACAACUGUUGAUAAAUCUUUUCCUUGUAUCAGGUAUAGUAGGCGGAGAAGGCUACGCUCACCAUGGUGGUGGAGCGAACUACCUCUGCCUUCCCCACAAUCCAAGGUAUGACAAGUACACAGAUGGCCAUCAGUACGCCGGAUACGUGUACGGUACUGAAUAUGAAGUGAGUCAGUACAGCGGUAACCCUUUUAAGAGAAAUCUUCACGAUCAUGAAGCACCAUGCGUUAAGUGUUGUCUGCUUCGUCAAGUCACGUGGCUCGAUGCUGAUGAUGCCUGCUAG